AUGGCAGCAAUCGAUCCUGAAAGUUGUCAACUCGUGGAGGUUCCAAUUGAUGCAAACGGAGCCAUUGUAGUUCAGGAUCCAAGUGGAUUAAUUGCUAGUGGACAAGUGCAGUCAGUUCUUGACCCAAGAGUUUCUCAAAGUGGGCAAAGAGGUGGCAGGACUCCGGCAAGGAAACCUCUAAUGCCAGCGCAGAGCUUGCAAAUGAUUCAGAGUGCUCAGGUCAUUCCCCAGUCUGCAGUUAUUGCUCCAACAGCUUCUGGGUUACUUUCUCUCGGCACUCGUUACACACCAUCAUCGGGGAUCCCGCUCACUACUGGCCAAGGUGGAGGAAUUAUCACUUCCCAGGGAAACAUUUUCUCCUCUUCUGGUUCUGCUAUGGUUACUAACGCUGGUAGUGCCAUGGAUCGCGAUGGUGGUUAUCGAUUUGCCACAGUUGGUAAUGCUAGCAACCGCGGGAGACCUCGUGGUCGUCGCCCUUUAAGAGGUCAGUUCCCAGUGGUGCCAAUUGAUAUGGUGCGGCAAUUGGGCAUUGAGCAACAGGUAAUUCUCCAACCAGCAGCACCUGUUGCUAUGAAAAAUAAGGCCGUUCUUUGCCGUCCUCUCUCGGUGUCUAGAAAGACUCAGGCGGGAAUAAAUUCUCAUGAUGUGGAGUGCCAAUUCUCUGCUGACGAGGAAGCCCUUGCUUCAAAACACGACGAGGAUGUCGAAGAGGAUGGAAUGAUGGUUGUUGAGGAACAACCACUUCCCCUCUCUUCAGUUCCAGUUAUUAAAAAGGAUGGUAUGGAAGAUGACGCAGAUUUAAUCGGAGACGUUGAAGACGAAGAAGGCUUGUCUGAUGCCGAGAUAGAGCAGAAGAAAAAGAAGCUCGCUCCGUCUAAAUGCAUUGAAAUUGGUGCUAAUACAGAGGCCCUAUUAAUUAAUCAUCUUGGCACUCAAACUGAGCAAGAGGUCAAAAAGCCUACUCCUGUUGAAGAAGUUAAAACUGUCAUCAAAUAUGUGCCCAUUCCAAUACCAGUCCCGAUCUAUGUUCCUGUGCCUGUUUGCACCUACGCUCAACCUCUUCCCUUUCUCCUGCCCUUCCCAUUGCCUUGUCCUAUUCCACUGCCGCUCUUGUUGCCUACCGAUAAAGAGACGGAUGAUAAAGCGUCACAAGUUAAACAUGAAGAGCAAAUUGAAAAGAAGGCCAAUGAACUGGAAACUGUCUCGAAGCAAAUUGUUGCAGGUCAUUGUGAUAGUGAAACAACGACUAUUUCCGCAAAGCCUCAAAAGCGAUCCACGAAGGAGAUGUCCAGCCCAUCAUCCACCUCUGAACAAGUACAUCCUAGUAAACGUCCACGUCGGGGCCCCGAAGCCAUUUCUCAAUCAUCGUCAUCACCCCUAACGCCGGCGACACGUCGUACGGCAAUUAGCGAUGCCACUUACCAUUUGAAAUUCUCUUAUGGUAUCAAUGCUUGGCGCCACUGGAUCACCCAGAAUGGUCAACCAAAGGCUCUUGUCGAUGUGGUUGAGAUUCCCGAUGAGGAACUCAAUGUUGCCCUCUCGAGAUUUGUUCGUGAGGUUAGGAAACCAAAUAACGAAACCUAUGUGGCUGAUUCCAUCUUCUAUCUUUGUUUGGGUAUACAAGAAUUUUUGAAUGAGCAUGGACGCAUAGUGAAUAUCUUUGGGGAUAAGUUUGACGCCUUUACGUUGGCGUUAGACACUAUAUUGUCCGAUUUUCGUCCGAGAAUUAGUCCCGAAGGAAUGCUCAUCUGUCGUAUUGAGGAGGAGCACAUGUGGGAAGCCAAGCAACUAGGUGAUCACAAUCCCCAUGUCCUUGGCUUCACUGUUCUCUACUUCAUCACGAAGCAUAUGUGGCUACGCACUGGCGAUCAACAUGCUCAACUCUGUUUCUCCAAUUUCAAAGUCAAACGCGAGAAUGCUGAAUCGGAGUGUGUUCUCUUUGUUGCAGGUGGUGGAUCGGAGUCCUAUCGUAUGUUUGCCUCUGCUGAACCCUCUUCUCGUUGUCCUGUGCAACUUUUCCUGACCUAUUUAAAGAAAUGUCCACAAGCCCUGACUUCCGGAAGUGGACCCUUUUACCUUGCACCCCACCAACAUUCCGAAAGUUCAACUUCCACAUGGUACUCUGAGAACGCCGUGCCAGCAGCUCAAUUGCAAAUCAUGCUGAACCGUAUCAAGAUGGUCAAAGAGAUUCAAGAGGCCUUUAUGGACAGCCCCUCCGAUUAG